GUGAGGUAAGUGAGGCCCCACACCCACUGUGAAAUUCAAUUCAAUGUCCUUAAAAGCCUAACACAUGCACUUUUUCUAUAGCUUCACCUUCACUUCAAGUCCUUCAACCCACAUAAAAAAGAUACAGUUGUAAACGUAGUAACCAUCAUACACUCAAUUUCUUCUGUUUAUGAGAGCCAUUAUAAAUCUGUUUCAAUAUUUUUUGUGUGUUAAAGUAUGAGAUUCUCAGUGGUGUAUUUUGUUUUAUUAUUGGUGUUGUUAGUAAAAGCAGCUACAUGUUUCACAUUUUUCACCAGAGAACAAAAGCUAUCAGAAUUCAAGCACAAACUUGAGCAACAACAAGCUAGUCCUUUGGCAUCACCACCUAUUUCUUCACAAACAAAGAUGAGUAACAGGGUAUUGUACCCGAGUGAAUAUGGCGCUGACCCAACAGGAUCAGAAGAGAGUAGUGAUGCCAUUUUGAAAGUAGUGGAGGAUGCAUUUAAGUUGCAAAAGGGUCUUCAAUUGGUAGCAGGGGUGAAUGAUUUGGGAGGUGUUAUUAUUGAUUUGCAAGGUGGAGACUACAAAAUCAGUAAGCCGAUUACUUUACUCCCAGGUGGCAAUAUUGUGGUAAAAGGAGGAACCUUGAGAGCAUCUGAUACUUUUCCUGGUGACCGACAUCUAGUUGAGAUGUGGUCAUCAAAUUCCAAGAAACUUCAGACAAAAGAAUAUAUGCAAGGUGGUAACUUCAGUGGAAUUUAUGCACAAAACAAUGGAAUAUACUAUGAAGACGUAACUUUCAGGGACAUCCUCUUUGAUUCAAGGUACAGAGGAGGAGGACUUUUCAUUGUUGAUUCCGCUAGAACCCGGAUCAACAACUGCUUCUUCUUGCAUUUCACCACAGAAGGAAUUCUAGUGCAGCAAGGGCAUGAGACAUUCAUAUCAAGUUGUUUUCUUGGACAACACUCAACAGUUGGCGGUGACCAUGGCGAGAAGGACUAUUCCGGGGUCGGUAUUGAUCUUGCUAGUAAUGACAAUGCAAUCACUGAUGUCGCGAUUUUCUCGGCAGCCACUGGUAUUGUGCUAAGAGGUCAGGCUAACAUUCUAUCAGGGGUGCAUUGUUAUAACAAAGCAGCAGGAUUUGGAGGUAUAGGUAUCUUAGUGAAAUUGGCAGGAAAUUCUUUAACUAGAAUUGACAACUGUUAUAUGGAUUAUACUGGUAUAGUAACGGAAGACCCUGUUCAAGUUCAUGUCACUAAUUGUCUAUUUCUUGGGGAUGCUAAUAUUUUAAUAAAGGCUGCUGAAGGUCAAAUUUUGGGUUUGAACAUAGUGGAUAAUAUGUUCAAUGGUGAUCCUAAUAAGAAGGUUCCAAUUGUAAGUCUAGAAGGGCAAUUUAGUAAUGUUGAUCAAGUGGUGAUUGAUAGAAACAAUGUGAAUGGUAUGGGCUUGAGAUCAACGGUUGGUAAGUUAACUGUGAGUGGUAAUGGCACAAAGUGGGAGGCUGAUUUUUCAUCAGUUUUGGUAUUUCCUAAUCGGAUUAGUCAUGUUCAAUAUUCAUUUUAUGCUCAAGGGGAGCCAAAAUUUGUAGCACAUUCUGUGACCAAUGUAUCAGAUAAUGUUGUAGUUGUGGAGAGUGAGAAGGAAGCUAAAGGUUUGGUCCACUUCAGUGUUGAACAAUAAGAAAGAAGCAGGGGGGUAUCUGUGUUCAUUAAUGUAUUUAAAAGUUCUUUUAAAAUAAUAUUGUUUCACUAAUAUAGCUUAUUGCUGCAGAAAUUGAAUUUCUGCGAAAAUUGAAUUUCUGAUAAGUUGCAACUAUUUGAGCAACUUUAUUAGCUCUAUGUAGGAAGUUGGAACACCGGACCUGUAAUCACAAAAAAAGCUGUUGUGUUUCUCAUACAAAACACAACAGCCAACGAGACUAUAUAAAUUGAAAUCCUACUUGAUGACUUGAGUUA